ACGGACGACAAGUGCGAGUAACGUUUACGUUCACGCGAGCGUCGUGUGUUUGUCAAGUUUGUGGAAUAAGAAUCUCACCUCGGUGAUCAUACCAAGAAGGAAAAAUGAAAGAACCUUCGGAAGAGAAUAAUGACAGUUUGCUCACUAAUGAGGACAACCCCGUGGUUUUUCUGGAUGUGGCGAUCGGUCCCGAAAAAGUGGGAAGAGUUAUCAUAGAGCUGUUCAAGAAUGUCGUGCCACGGACUGCGGAGAAUUUCCGUGUUCUGUGCACCGGCGAGAGAGGUGCCGGAUUGAAGGCUUCAAAAUUGCAUUACAAAGGAGCUGUCUUUCACAAAGUUAUUUCACAGUUCAUGAUCCAGAGUGGUGAUAUUGUUAAUUUCGAUGGAACCAGUGGAGAAAGUAUUUACGGUCCUUACUUCGACGACGAGAAUUUCACAUUGAAGCACGAUUCCAAUGGAUUACUUAGCAUGGUGAAUGAGGGAAAACCAAAUACCAACAGUUCUCAAUUUAUCAUUACCGUUCAAGCAGCUAUGCAUCUGAACAACACUAACGUUGUAUUUGGAAGGAUUGUAAAAGGCAAGGGUGUAGUGUUUGAGAUCUGUAACGUACCAACUGAAAAGGAUAUUCCAAUUGAUAAAAUAAGUAUAGUCGAUUGUGGAGAGUUGAAAAAAGGUGAAAGUUGGGGAUUAGAGGAGAACGAUGGAUCUGAAGAUGUUUAUACGCCAUGGCCGGAAGAUUGGGAUUAUUCUCAACAUGUUAACAAGCUCACUCACAAGUUCAUGGAGGAUGUAAUAAAGAAGAUAAAAGAUUCUGGAAAUGGUUAUUUUGUAAAGCAAAAUUAUGUGGAUGCUAAUAGAAAAUAUAGGAAAGCAUUACGGUAUUACACCUGGAUGAGCAAACAGAAAAACAUGUCGGAUACAUUUUAUGCCUCACUGGUGGAUCUUAAAUUAACUUUAUUACUUAAUUUAGCUGCUGUACGAUUAAAACAGAAAGACUAUCGUAAAGUUAUAGAUCUUUGUAAUGAGGUUCUGGUAACGGAUAACAUGAAUAGUAAAGCAUUAUUUCGAAGAGGACAAGCUUAUACUUCCUUGAAUGAAUAUAAAUUAGGAUUAAAAGAUUUGUUUCAGGUGUUUCAUCUGUGUCCUGACAAGGCUAUCUUACAGGAAAUAAAAAAAGUAAAAAAGAUGGAAAACUUUUAUUUAGAAUUAGAAAAAACAACGUAUCAAAGAAUGUUUCAUUAA